AUGUUCUCCCCACCAAAGCGGCGCAAGACCAGCGCGACCACUGGCGUCGCUGUGGGCGCGUCGCAACAUUCUGAAGCACAUGAAGGCGCGCGCGCGUCAGGCCCGCCGUCCUUCCAGUCUCCGACAAGGUCAAGCCUGGCGCGGUCCCACCCCGACGUGCUUGAACGCGCGCUCAGCAGAUCACCGACACGACGACCGACCAGCAGAGGGAACCAAAAUGACGAAUCCGAGCAAGCAGAAUCAAGAGUCGGGCUCCGUGACCGCAAGGCUCUUCGGCCGUCGCUGAAUGCCACUGCUAGCCCGAUGACUCGACCCAGAUUGUCCGGCAGCAUGGCGGGCUUGUCACCCAGCAGGCGCACAAGCGGAAUACAAUCAUUUACACAACCUCCACGUCGGGUAUCAAAAAAGAUUGGUCCUUCAGACUUGUUCUUUGGAACCCCGGUUCGGAGGCAGACGCAACCGAGUGAGCAGGCUCUUGCAAAUACCCCGGAAGAUCAAUUGGCGUCGGAGCUAGGCAAUGUCACAAGAGAGUUACAGAUGGAUACAGGAUUGGACGGUUCGCUCAUGGGCGAAGAUCCUCUGGAACCAGACCUCCCACCCACUCCGACCGAACUUGGCCUAGAGAAGGCUCCGGACCGACCCAUGGGGCUGCUGAGCAGUAGUCCAAGCAUGCGACAUGAACGACAAAUGAAACGAAUUGUGGAUCCCAUCAAAGGCAGCCCGUUGCGGUCCUUGAAUUUUCAAGUACUUGGAGAGCAAGACGUGGAUGCCGCCGAGCUAGCGCUGGACGAUGAGCUUCCAGCAGCUGUGGCCAAGAAACAAAAGUCACGCAGGAGCCUCACCGCUGAAUUGCGGCAACUCGAAAACGAGGUUGCAGAGAUGGAAAGGUGGGCAGGCAAAAUCGAGACAGGCAAGGGCCUAGAAGCCGACCCGGAGGGACUAAACAAAUUCCUCUCAAUGAUCACCUCCGAGGAAGCCUCGCGCACGAGUCUACCUGUUCCUAAGCAAGCCCCUACAACGACAUCGUCUCUUCUUUCCACGCUCCUCCCAUUCUCUACCAAUGCUCCUCGCCUAACCCGCCCGACUUCACCGCUACCAACCAAUCCAUUUGCCUUGCAAGAUUCCUCUCAAACACGGCCAUACCUUACAGCUUUUGCACCACUAUCACUGAAUGCACGUACCACCCGGACAGGGUCCUCCAGGACCAAGAUCCUCUCUGAAACACAUACCUUGACCUUGACUGCACCGUCACCAUUUCCAGCGAAUUUAUAUAAUGUCGCUGUCGUCUAUGCAACGGACCCAGAGGCGCAGUCUGUGACCUCUGUGUCUGUGCCCACCAGCAGUGACAGCAAGAAACGGAGGGUGCCCGAAGUUUUGCGCCGAUGGAUUGACCGUCGCCUGGCGAACCCGCUCCUUCAACUCGACAUCUCCACCCUAUGCUGGGGAAUCAACCGGUACUGGGAAGCAUCGGUGGCACGCGCUCGAUUAUGGGCCCAGCUUGAUCACAAAUACAACAGCGGAACUUCUGCGCGCAGUAGAAAAGACACGCCACCAGCAACCAGAGAUGGAGUCCUCAGCUUCUCUGAACUUCGACAGCUAAUCCCACACCUCGAACGCAGUACAAUGGUCGUCAAAUCGAAAUCCGGUCCCAAAGUGCUCCUGGCAUACAACUUGACGAUCGACGACUGGACCGGGGAGCCGCAGCUACGGCCUGAAAUUAGUGUCUCCGAUUCAGGUGCCAAUGGUGGCUCGAACAAGAAAAUCAACCAGGAGGCUAAAAAGCUUUUCCAUGCUCUGUUGCAUGAAAAGGGUGGUUCACCCGUGCCAGGCGUGGAGGGAGGAGUUCAUAUUGAUGCAGUCCUACGAGCAACCGAAGGCGCUUUGGGGGCUUUGUUUGGUAAUUCUUGA